AUGUCAAAUUUCCAACCAAUCAAUCCAACACCAUUUUUAAAAUCAUUAAUAGGUAAAUCCAUUAUAGUUCGAUUAAAAUGGAAUAAAACUCAAUAUAAAGGUAUAUUAAUAUCAAUUGAUAAUUAUAUGAAUCUACAAUUAGAUCAAACUUAUGAAAUAAUAUCCGAUGAUAUAAAUACAACUAAAGAAGAAUUGAUUGGAGAAAUUUUUAUUAGAUGUAAUAAUGUAUUAUUUAUUCGUGAAUAUAAAGAAAUAGAACAACAAAAUCAACAAACAGAUUCAAAGCCAAUAGAAAAUGAUGAUAAUAAUAAUAAUAAUGGAAAUAUAAAUGAAGAAGAAAAUGUGGAAGAUGAAAAAGUUACAAAUAAUGAAGAUAUUGAGAUUGAUAAGGAAUAA